AUGCAUGGUUGAAAGUAGAGACGAUUGGGUCACGUGGUGGAUUCAGAAAGGUCCCUAAUUAAUAUCACGUUUUGUAUUUUCCUUCUCACUCCUAACGCCACCGUAAGCUCCACCGCAACAACCCACAAAUAACCGUUUAACAGAUUCAAUUCCUUCCACUACAAUAUUCAUUCCAUGGAUUGCAAUUGCUCCAAUCUCCAACUCAUUCCUCCACCUUCUUCCAAUGCCUACGAACUUCUUCUCCAAGCGCUCUUUCAAAUUCCAAUCCACCACUACGCUCUCGCCACCGCAAUCGCUUUCACAUGCUUUCUCUACAAUUUCCUCGAAAUCCAUUUCAUACAAGAUCUCUUCACUGGAUUCUCAGGCUCCUCCGUCGAUUUCACAUAUAACUCUUGCUCUGAAAUCUACGAUGCCGUCGUUUCUAAGUGCCGGAUUCUUCACGGAAAAUAUUCGGUCACUCCGUGGCUUUCUAGUCCUCAUCUUCAAACUGUUUUUCUUAACUUCUUUGGAAAUCCUCCAAUAUUCAAAUACAAAAGACAAUUAUUUAAUACUCCUGACGGUGGCACUAUUGCUUUGGACUGGGUUAUGAACUCUGUUUCCGAAAAUGCUGGCCAUAUGGAUGAUGUUGUUAAUAAAGGCGAAUCUACUCCCAUUGUUGUAAUAAUUCCUGGUUUAACAAGUGACUCUAAUUCUCCUUAUCUCAAACAUCUUGCAUAUCAUACAGCAAAGCGUGGGUGGAAAGUUGUUGUCAGCAAUCACAGAGGACUUGGAGGUGUUUCAAUCACGUCUGAUUGUUUCUACAAUGCUGGGUGGACUGAGGAUGCCCGCACAGUGGUUAAUUAUGUCCACAAGGAGAAUCCCAGGAGGCCUUUGUUUGUUAUUGGAACUAGUAUUGGAGCUAAUGUUCUGAUAAAAUAUCUUGGUGAGGAUGGUGAGAAUGUUCCUAUAGCUGGAGCUGUAGCAGUUUGCUCUCCUUGGGACCUUUUGAUAGGGGACCGAUUUAUAACCCGUAAGCGUGUGCAGAAGUUUUAUGAUAAAGCACUAGCUAUUGGACUUCAAGGUUAUGCAAAAUUACACCAACCUCACUUUUCUCGCCUCGCUAAUUGGGAAGGGAUAGAAAAGUCACUUUCUAUUCGAGAUUUUGAUAACCAUGCCACUCGCAUUGUUGGGAAAUAUGAGACUGUUGAUACGUACUAUAGACGCUGCAGCAGUUCUACUUAUGUGCAAUCUGUAUCGAUUCCUCUUCUCUGUAUUAGUGCUCUGGAUGAUCCAGUAUGUACCAGGGAAGCCAUUCCUUGGGAUGAAUGCAGGGCAAAUAAAAAUAUUGUAUUGGCCACUAUAAAGCAUGGAGGACAUCUUGCCUUCUUUGAAGGGAUAACCGCAUCUAGCCUAUGGUGGGUAAGAGCUACUAAUGAAUUCCUUGAGGUACUACUCUCUAGCAAUUAUAUGCAUGUUCAGAAGAAGAUCUCUGCACCAAACAAACUAUUGGACUCGUCAAUUGAUCAGGGUCCUUACGUCAAUGUUACUGAAGAUGGAAUGGUGGCUGCAUCAAACAAUGAGCCAACAACAACAGACAAUGUGGAAGAAAUAAAUGUAAGACAAGAUAUUCAUCAUGACAGUCAUGACAAGGUUAUAGAAGAAAAUAAACAAGAUGAGCUUCUGACUAAAACAGAGAGUGGUGAUUCGUCUUGUAUUGCUAAAACAGCUAGUGCCCGUAAUCCAGUACCUCUAGAUGUAAUAACGCCUAUCAAAAGAUACGUAGGCCAGUUAUCUCGAGAAAAUCGAUGGUCCACUUGGUUGUUGGUUUAUAUUGCUAUCACCACAAGUUGGCCAUUGGUUGGUUCAGCCCUAUAUCUUGUGUUUGGGAAAAAGCUCAGGGAUUUCUUACCCGGUGGUUUGGCUAGAAGAUAAUAUUGUAUUGCAAUAUAUCAUUGUUGUAUUUGUCUCUGUAGAUGUAUACCAGUAAUAAUAUUAAUAAUAAUAAUACUAAUAAUAGUAAUUAAUAACAAUAAUAAUAGUAAUAAUAUAUUUGUCCUAUUAUUUUCUUGUUUUCAGGACAAUUCUCCAUUUCUUAGCAUUUAGUGAAUUUAGUUGGGACUUUCAGUGGUCUAUUGUUUUCCCUAAACAAUUGGUUUAUCCUGUUCUAAACCUGGCUUUCAACAACAGAAACGCCUAUAUGUAAUUAUUUGAUUAUUCCAUUAAGAAUUGUGUAUUAUAAGA